UGCGCCGUUUGUUGUCCGGGCGCCAGCAAUCAAGAGAAUAUCCAAGCCUGCUUUACCUUGAAAUAACCCAAUAACUUUUAUUGUUUUUGUCACAAUUUACGCAUUUUUGAAGUAUAAGGUUAAUAUUUGCUCAUUCUGGAUCAAAGAUGUCGUACAUGUUGCCACAUCUCCACAAUGGCUGGCAAGUGGACCAAGCCAUCCUGUCGGAGGAGGACCGAGUCCUUGUUAUCCGCUUCGGUCACGACUGGGACCCAACAUGUAUGAAGAUGGACGAAGUUCUUUAUAGCAUUGCUGAAAAGGUAAAGAAUUUUGCCGUCAUUUAUCUGGUGGACAUCACAGAAGUGCCUGAUUUCAACAAGAUGUACGAGCUGUACGACCCGUGCACCAUCAUGUUCUUUUUCAGAAACAAACACAUCAUGAUUGAUCUGGGCACCGGUAACAACAACAAGAUCAACUGGAUCAUCGAGGACAAGCAGGAGAUGAUAGACAUUGUUGAAACGGUUUAUCGAGGAGCGAGAAAAGGACGAGGUCUGGUGGUGUCCCCCAAGGAUUAUUCCACAAAAUACAGAUAUUGAUUUUUUUCUUCUUUUUUUUGUUUGGUUGCCUUUCUUGAUGUUUCUUUUGGCUCAGAUGAACGACCGCAGCCAACGAAAGCAUCGUUCGUCGUUCUUAUCUUCUCAGUGAAGCAGGACAGGAUUGUUCUCAGAGGUCUCAAUAAUGUUACUUUGUUUUACUUGUGCAAACUCUGUUAGGUCGAUAUUAGUUGUUGUUUUCAAAGGCUUAUUUCUGUGAAAUAAGUGUGAAACAGGUCCAUCACAUUGUGCAAGACUCCAUAUUUACCUGCUGGAAUAAACAUAGAUA